CCCUCCCACUGCCUCCCCCAUGCAGGCCCCCUGGAUUCCUCCACUCCCCUCUCACGGCCCCUCCGUUGUCUCCGCAGACGCUGCCCCGUCUGACGCUUGGCUUGAGGCCUUUCCGUGAGGGACGGGGGCGUCCCCGCUCCGGGGCGCAGGUCGGAGGUCGCAGGGCACCGUCAAGCAUGGCGCCUGCCGGGGGCCUCGGCGUGGCGUCUGUGGUUGGUCCCGUGGGCCUCCUCGUGGUCCUGCUGGUCGGAGGCUGCGUGGCAGAAGAGCCCCCCAGGUUCAUCAAGGAACCCAAGGACCAGAUCGGUGUGUCGGGGGGUGUGGCCUCCUUUGUGUGUCAGGCCACGGGUGACCCCAAGCCACGGGUGACCUGGAACAAGAAGGGCAAGAAGGUCAACUCGCAGCGCUUCGAGACGAUCGAGUUUGACGGGAGCGCGGGGGCCGUGCUGAGGAUCCAGCCGCUCCGGACACCCCGGGACGAGAACGUGUAUGAGUGUGUGGCCCAGAACGCAGCCGGGGAGAUCACGGUCCACGCCAAGCUCACUGUCCUCCGAGAGGACCAGCUGCCCCCCGGUUUCCCCAACAUCGACAUGGGCCCCCAGCUGAAGGUGGUGGAGCGGACGCGGACGGCUACGAUGCUGUGUGCCGCCAGUGGCAACCCUGACCCCGAGAUCACCUGGUUCAAGGACUUCCUGCCCGUGGACCCCAGUGCCAGCAACGGGCGCAUCAAGCAGCUGCGGUCAGGGGCUCUGCAGAUCGAGAGCAGCGAGGAGACCGACCAGGGCAAAUACGAGUGUGUGGCCACCAACAGUGCGGGGGUGCGCUACUCGUCACCCGCCAACCUCUACGUGCGAGUCCGUCGUGUGGCUCCUCGAUUCUCCAUCUUGCCCAUGAGCCACGAGAUCAUGCCAGGUGGCAGCGUGAACAUCACCUGUGUGGCCGUGGGCUCGCCCAUGCCAUACGUCAAGUGGAUGCAGGGGGCCGAGGACCUGACGCCCGAAGAUGACAUGCCUGUGGGUCGGAAUGUGCUGGAACUCACGGACGUCAAGGACUCUGCCAACUACACGUGCGUGGCCAUGUCCAGCCUGGGCGUCAUCGAGGCCGUGGCCCAGAUCACGGUGAAAUCUCUCCCCAAAGCCCCUGGGACUCCCAUGGUAACAGAGAACACAGCCACCAGCAUCACCAUCACGUGGGACUCUGGCAACCCGGACCCCGUGUCCUACUACGUCAUCGAAUAUAAGUCCAAGAGCCAGGACGGGCCGUACCAGAUCAAAGAGGACGUCACCACCACCCGCUACAGCAUCGGCGGCCUGAGCCCCAACUCCGAGUAUGAGAUCUGGGUGUCGGCCGUCAACUCCAUCGGCCAGGGCCCGCCCAGCGAGUCCGUGGUCACCCGCACGGGCGAGCAGGCGCCGGCCAGCGCACCGCGGAACGUGCAGGCCCGCAUGCUCAGUGCCACCACCAUGAUCGUCCAGUGGGAGGAGCCCGUGGAGCCCAACGGCCUGAUCCGAGGCUACCGGGUCUACUACACCAUGGAGCCUGAGCACCCUGUGGGCAACUGGCAGAAGCACAAUGUGGACGACAGCCUGCUGACCACCGUGGGCAGCCUGUUGGAGGACGAGACCUACACUGUGCGCGUGCUGGCCUUCACCUCUGUGGGCGACGGGCCCCUCUCGGACCCCAUCCAGGUCAAGACGCAGCAGGGAGUGCCUGGCCAGCCCAUGAACUUCCGGGCCGAGGCCAAGUCGGAGACGAGCAUCGGGCUCUCGUGGAGCCCCCCACGGCAGGAAAGUGUCAUCAAGUACGAGCUCCUGUUCCGGGAGGGCGACCACGGCAGAGAGGUCGGGAGGACCUUCGACCCGGCCACGGCAUUCGUGGUGGACGACCUCAAACCCAACACGGAGUACGCCUUCCGCCUGGCGGCGCGCUCCCCGCAAGGCCUGGGCGCCUUCACGUCGGUGGUUCGGCAGCGCACGCUGCAGUCCAUCUCGCCUAAGAACUUCAAGGUGAAGAUGAUCAUGAAGACCUCGGUCCUGCUCAGCUGGGAGUUCCCCGACAACUACGACUCUCCCACGCCCUACAAGAUCCAGUACAACGGGCUCACACUGGACGUAGACGGCCGAACCACCAAGAAGCUCAUCACGCACCUCAAGCCCAACACCUUCUACAACUUCGUGCUGACCAACCGCGGCAGCAGCCUGGGUGGCCUCCAGCAGACUGUCACUGCCUGGACCGCCUUCAACCUGCUCAGCGGCAAGCCCAGCGUGGCCCCCAAGCCCGACACUGACGGCUUCAUCUUGGUCUACCUGCCUGACGGCCAGAGCCCCGUGCCCGUCCAGAGCUACUUCAUCGUGAUGGUGCCACUGCGCAAGUCUCGUGGUGGCCAGUUUCUGACCCCGCUGGGCAGCCCGGAGGACAUGGACCUGGAGGAGGUGAGGGCUGGGGCCUGACCACGGGCAGACGUCCGGGCCACUGCGCGCCUUGCCGCGCCCCGGCCCUACAUCGCGGCGCGCUUCUCCGUGCUGCCGUCCACCUUCCAGCCUGGCGACCAGAAGCAGUACGGAGGCUUCGACAACAGAGGCCUGGAGCCCGGCCACCGCUACGUCCUCUUCGUGCUCGCCGCGCUUCAGAAGAGUGAGCCCACGUUUGCAGCCAGCCCCUUCUCAGACCCCUUCCAGCUGGACAACCCCGACCCCCAGCCCAUCGUGGACGGCGAGGAGGGCCUCAUCUGGGUGAUCGGGCCCGUGCUGGCCGUGGUCUUCAUCAUCUGCAUCGUCAUCGCCAUCUUGCUCUACAAGAACAAACCCGACAGACCCCAACAGGGCACCCGAGGCCAGGCUGGUCUGGGGGAUGUGCUGACAGAAGAACCUAAAAACUUGGGGAUCUUCCCGAAGUCACGUGCGGACGCCGGGCGGAGGGAAACAGCACCCAUCGAAGGCGUGGUGGGCAGUGACUACAUCAACGCCAACUACGUGGAUGGCUACAGGCGGCAGAAUGCAUACAUCGCCACGCAGGGGCCACUGCCCGAGACCUUCGGUGACUUCUGGCGUAUGGUGUGGGAGCAGCGCUCGGCUACCAUUGUCAUGAUGACGCGGCUAGAAGAGAAAUCACGGAUCAAGUGUGAUCAGUACUGGCCCAACCGGGGCACGGAAACCUAUGGCUGCAUCCAGGUCACGCUGCUGGACACCAUCGAGCUGGCCACGUUCUGCGUGCGGACAUUCUCCCUGCACAAGAAUGGCUCCAGCGAGAAACGCGAGGUCCGACAGUUCCAGUUCACGGCGUGGCCAGACCAUGGGGUGCCUGAGUACCCCACACCGUUCCUGGCCUUUCUGCGGAGAGUCAAGACCUGCAACCCGCCGGACGCCGGCCCCGUCGUGGUCCACUGCAGCGCUGGCGUGGGCCGCACCGGCUGCUUCAUCGUCAUCGACGCCAUGCUGGAGCGGAUCAAGCCGGAGAAGACGGUGGACGUGUACGGCCACGUGACGCUCAUGCGGUCACAGCGCAACUACAUGGUGCAGACCGAGGACCAGUACAGCUUCAUCCACGAGGCCCUGCUGGAGGCCGUGGGCUGCGGCAACACGGAGGUGCCGGCCCGCAGCCUCUACGCCUACAUCCAGAAGCUGGCCCAGGUGGAGCCUGGAGAGCACGUCGCGGGCAUGGAGCUCGAGUUCAAGCGUCUGGCCAACUCCAAAGCCCACACGUCACGCUUCAUCAGUGCCAAUCUGCCUUGUAACAAGUUCAAGAACCGCCUGGUGAACAUCAUGCCGUACGAGAGCACGCGGGUCUGCCUGCAGCCCAUCCGGGGCGUGGAGGGGUCUGACUACAUCAACGCCAGCUUCAUCGAUGGCUACAGGCAGCAGAAGGCCUACAUCGCCACGCAGGGGCCACUGGCAGAGACCACAGAGGACUUCUGGCGCAUGCUCUGGGAGAACAACUCGACCAUCGUGGUGAUGCUGACCAAGCUGCGGGAGAUGGGCCGGGAGAAAUGUCACCAGUACUGGCCGGCCGAGCGCUCCGCCCGCUACCAGUACUUCGUGGUGGACCCGAUGGCAGAGUACAACAUGCCUCAGUACAUCCUGCGGGAGUUCAAGGUCACGGACGCCCGGGAUGGCCAGUCCCGGACCGUCCGGCAGUUCCAGUUCACGGACUGGCCGGAACAGGGUGUGCCAAAGUCCGGGGAGGGCUUCAUCGACUUCAUCGGCCAAGUGCACAAGACCAAGGAGCAGUUCGGCCAGGACGGCCCCAUCUCUGUCCACUGCAGCGCCGGUGUGGGCAGGACCGGCGUCUUCAUCACGCUCAGCAUCGUGCUGGAGCGGAUGCGGUACGAAGGCGUGGUGGACAUCUUCCAGACGGUGAAGAUGCUGCGGACCCAGAGGCCAGCCAUGGUGCAGACGGAGGACGAGUACCAGUUCUGCUACCAGGCAGCCCUGGAGUACCUCGGCAGCUUCGACCACUAUGCAACGUAAAGCCAUGGUCGCCCCCGGCCCGACUCUGCCGGCCCCGGAGGCCUCCGCCCGAGCCGGGUGGGCCUCGGGGGGCCAGGACCCCCAGCGGCCACCUUUCUGCACGGUCCCUGGGAACAGCGCAGCCCCUCGGGCCCCCCGUGCGGCCCCAGCCACCUCCCUGGCGCCGGCCACCGCCUUCAGAUACUUGCCACAUUCCUCAUUCCCUAACGAUUCCAAAACGAGAGGUUCCAGGGUGGGGGGUGGGGGGACGGCGAGCAAACGGGGCUCUCCCCAGGACCAGACGAGGGCGGGGCUGCGAACAUGACCCUUCCCCCCCAGAGCCUUCUGGCCCUGCAGCCUGGGGGCGCUGGGGGGGGGUGCGGGGAGGGCAAGUGUCUUUCCAAACUCGGUGUAACUGAAUCCAGUGACAUUUCCUUUUUUUUAAAUAGCGUAUUUUUUUUCCUCUUUUUUAAAAGAAGAAACAAACAGAAAAACAACAAAAAAAAAAACUU